UCCUCCUGGACGAGCCCCACGUCGUGCCUCGGGGUUUCCUCGGGUCUCAGAGACGAGGAAACCCCGUGGACAAGGAGGGGGCCGAGAGCUCGCGCGCCGCGCACAGACACGGCUGCGUCCUGUCUCGCGCUCGGCGCUCGCGCCCAGACCUCCUCCGCCGUUAUGUUUACCGGGAUGCGGGCGGAGAGCCGCAGCAGCUCGGAAGUCCUGGAUGCCGCGGCGCUGAGGCAGCAGAGGAAGCUGAAACAAGCCGUCCGGUUCCUGCACAGAGACUCGGCUGACCUGCUGCCUUUGGACGGACUGAAGAAACUCGGGACGUCCAAGCAGGGACAGCCGCACAACGUUGUCCAGAAGAGGCUGCUGGAGCCCAGGCUGUCCCAGGGCAGGGUGGACACAUACGGGGUGACCCCGAACAGCAGAGGGCGACAGCCGAGCUGUUGGCGGUGUCCAAACGACGACGACACGGAAGAGGCCGAAGAAGACCUGAUUUAUGUGGCUUGUAAAUGUUUCGGACAGGAAGUCCCAGUGCUGAUUGACACAGGCUGUAGCAUAAAUUUGCUGUCUUCAUCGACUGUGGAUAGCUUAGGACUGAAGGUGCUUGUUGAGGAGAACAAAAUGGAGCCAGAUGGGUUUCCGUUUCAACGUAGACUUUGCAGUGACGGAUGCAUCAGAGAGCUCAGCCUGAACAUUGGAGGACUUCGAAUAAUGUCUUCAUUCUUUAUAGUGGAGAGCACCAAGCCACUCUUGUCUCUGGGCAGCAAGACUUUAAAAUCAUUCAAGUGCGUAAUUGAUACUGACAAGCAGAUGCUGGUGUUUGGGACAACCACAAGGGAGCAAGUUGAAUUUGUUAAAAAGCCAUCAAAUGAAAGUGUCCUGGAUUAUUGAUCUUCCUGGCUCAACACAGACACACAUGCACUUGCCAAAGCAGUGCUUAUAUAGUUCAAUCACAAAAAUAUGGCUGCUAAAAGUACACACUCAGCAUUGGAAUUUAAGCUGUUUGUAAUCGGGCAUUCUGUCUUUACAGGCAACUUUUACUGAUCUUUUCCUGGAAAGACAGUAAAACAGGAAAAAGCAAAGUUGGGUAUUUUGUAAAGUAGAUGCCAAACUUUUUAUAAGUACUAGCACUAAAAUAAAUGCUAACAACACCUUCUGGAAACAAAGUCAAAGUAUGCACCGUAACUACACUCUUGUUAACUUCAACAUCCCGGUGUCACUUAGAACUUUAAGUGGCGUAAAGUACUCACUCCCACAUUGAUGCUUAUUUAUUGUGAAGAAGAGACAAAUAAUUUCAUAAACCGAUUACUGUUUACACAUGAAGCCCAUCUGAUGUAGCUCUGGCUCUUGGGUUGGCCUGAUGUGUCUCGUACAAGUUGUUUCCUACUGUAUGUUCAAUGCAGGCAGACACAAGAAGCUGUAGUGAUGUUGUUUUUGUAACUCUUAUGCAGAUGUGAUUCAUACCUUGGGUUAUAUAAAUAGGUGGGGGUUUUUUAUUAUUAUUUGUCAAAACCAGUGUCCUAUAAUCAUUGUUUAUUACUUGGCACAAUGUGUUGCGUACAGAUUAGAUAGACAGUUGUGGUUAAAAACACUGUGACUGAUGGACAUAUUCCCAGAGUCUGCAGCUUUAUUGCUCCGAGACGGGUGGGGUUUCUACUUAAUGUCAAAGUUCACAAAUAAGCAUUUUAUGAACUGUACCAAAAACACCAGGCUUGUUAAAAGUAGUUGAAAAAAUGAAUUCAGAAUUAGCAUUAUUGGAAAAGAUUCUAUGCACAAACAAGCAAUGUGACUUCAGUUUCAAGAACAAGCUAUUUAACCCUUAGGGGACAUGAGACAGAAACGGUCGGUCUUCAAAGGAACGAAGAAUCAAUGCACUUUAUAAACAGCAGUAGACAUGUUUGUGGGGAAAUGAGGGAUUUAUGUCAAUCUUUUGAUCACAACUGUAAAUCUCCUAUAUUUUAUAAUGUGGUAAAGUAUUUUUGUAGUCUAGGUUGUAUUUGUAUUGUGUUCACUACCUGGUAAUCUUUACAAAAGCUGUGUCGUAACACAUAGCUGCAGCCAAAGCACAGGAAGGAUCAAAUGGAAAUAAACCUAUACCAGAUUUUCCA